AUGGCACCUAAGAAAUCGCAACAGCAGAAGUUGUCGCUCGGCGACUUCUUGAACGACCAGUCGCUCGGCUCAUGGGCCGAUGAGAUGGAAACUGCCCUCUUCCUGCCACUCCCUACCAAUCUUCCCGCACCAACACUUCUUCCGGCGGCUGGGGUGCCUCUUCCCGCCCCGCUGCCCCCGCAGGCGAUGAUGCACCUGCUGGCGGUUUCCGCGCUUCCCCUGCCCGACAAGCCCCCAUACACCGCCCACCUUGGCAACCUUUCUUUCGAAGUCACCGAGGCCGAUGUCCGUGAUUUCCUCGACGGAUGCGAGGUUACCAGCGUUCGCAUUGUUGAGGACAAGAUGGACCGCAGACCCAAGGGUUUCGGCUAUGUCGAGUUUGGUACCGUUGACGGCCUGAAGAAGGCUCUUACUCUCAGCGAGACUCAGUUCCAGGGCAGAAACAUCCGCAUUAGUGUUGCCGACCCACCCAAGGACCGCGAACCCCAGCGCGAACUCAACGACUGGACCCGCAAGGGCCCUCUUCCCGAUCUCCCUGGACAGCGUGACGGUGGUAUGCGCCGCGGCAUGGGUGACAGAGCUGGCAGCUUCAGACAAGGACCCCCUGAGGGCGUGGACUCCAAGCCCCGCGACUUUGGCAACUGGGAGAGAAAGGGCCCUCUUGCUCCCGCUGAGCCCAGACCCAUGGGUGAGCGCAGAGAAUCCAACUUCAACAGAGAGCCUAGAGAGCCCAGAGCCGCUCCUCAAUGGGGUGAGGGCGCUGCCGACCGCGCUUCCGGAACUGGCGAAAGACCCCCUAGACCCGAGAGACAGCCCACUGCUGCAGACAUGGACGACAAGUGGAGAGCCAGAAUGAAGCCCGACUCGCCUGCUGCUUCGCCCGACGCCAGCACCCCUACUUCGCCUUCCGCACCUGCACAGAGACCCAGACUCAACCUCGCAAAGCGUACCGUUUCCGAAGCACCUGCCGAGAACAACGCCGCAGCUUCAUCCAAGGCAUCACCAUUUGGUGCCGCCCGCCCUAUCGACACUUCCGCAAGAGAGCAGGAGAUCGAGGAGAAGCGCAAGUUGGCAAUUCGUGAGAAGAAGGAGGCAGAUGACAAGGUCCGUGAGGAGAAGCGUACUAAGGAGGCCGCUACCAAGGCUGAGAAGGGCGAGAAGAAGGAGGGUGAGGACAGCAAACAAUACGAGAUCCUGCGUCGUAUGGAUGAGGGUGACGAGAACGACAAGGAGGGUGUUGAUGCCGACGCCGAGGGCACCAUUGCCGAUGACAAGCAAGUGAAGCCUCAAGAAGUCACACGCGAGGUGCCGGCCAAGGGUGCCGACUCAUGGAGAAAGACCGAGGAGCCCCAGACAACAGCCGAGACCAUGGAGGACGAUGGCUGGUCCACCGUCUCGGCCAAGACUAAGAACUUCAACCGCAGAGGAGGCAACCGCGCCAUGGCCUCGUAA